AUGUUAGGACCAUUAAACGAAGAACAGUUACAUUGGUUUUCAAGAUGGUCCAGUAAUAUAUCGGCUGAGCAAGAAAAGUUUCUUACCUACGAGGGUCAAGAUGAGAUGAUACUCUUGGCUGAAAGGAUGCGGAAGAGAUUCCCGAAUGCUAUAAAAGAGAAAUAUGACAACAAAUCAUUCCUGUUUAAAUACACAGCAACACAGAGAGCACAGCAGAGUGCAUUAUAUUUUACUAUUGGGCUGUUUGAUAAGAAGAAAUCAAGAGAUGUUAUAUUUGAACCUGCUAUGAAAGUUGACACAACAUUGAGAUUUUACAAACAUUGUGAUAAAUGGCAGAAGCAAGUGAAGAAAAAUCCUGAGACAUAUAAGGAACAAAGAGCAUUUGCUGUCAGCCAGGCCAUGAGUGACACUUUCAGUGCUGUGGCAAAGAAUCUUGGAUUGAAAGGAGUUUUGUCAAAAGAAAUGGUUAUAUUGAUGUACAAGAUAUGUGGCUAUGAGACGUCGUGGCAUAAAUAUUAUACAUCGCCAUGGUGUUAUGGGUUUGAUCUGAAAAGUAUUAAAACCUUGGAAUAUUAUCAUGAUUUGAAACAUUAUUGGUUAGAUGGAUACGGCCACGAUUUAACAUCUGACCAAGCCUGUAUGAUACUCAAAAAUAUGUUUGAGAUGAUGGGGAAAGAAAACAAAACAGCGACAUUCCUGUUUUCACAUUCGGGAACAUUGUUGAAGUUGUUGACUCAUUUAGGUUUAUACAAACCAAAAACACAUCUGAGAGGCGAUAGUGUUAUAGAGGAUAGACCGUGGAGAGCUUCGAAUAUUGACUGCUUCGCGUCAAAUAUAGCCUUCGUUUUAUACAAAUGUGAUGACGGAGAUAAAAUAUUAACGCUGCAUCAAGAAAGAGUUAUCAAGUUGCCAAUGUGUGAAACAGAACUUUGUCCGUGGGAACAUUUGAAGGCUUAUUUUCGUAACACCAUACAUAAUUGUAAUUUCGCUGAUAUGUGUAAAGCUGUUUAA